UGUGGGCUGCUGCUGAGAACAAACUUUACACGUAAAUAAAUCUAAUUGCGUUAAUUAAUUGCCUUGAGCUAGACAAAGAGUUGCGCUUUUAUCGAAAUCCGAGAAGCUAUCCGAUAUCUGGGCCAGGAAAUCCCCUCAAGGCGACCAGGACAACAAUGCGACGCAAUGCGCGCCAGCAACAUCACAACCUGGACGACGUGGACCCCGACGAGGUGGAGGACAUCUUCGCGCGUCCUGCCUACGACGACGACGAGUUCGAGGACCUGCUCCCGCUGGCCAGGAGGCCCAAUGGCCAUGCCCGCCUCGGCCGCUAUGAGAACACGCUGGAGGUGAAGGUCCAGGAGGGCGACACCCUGCAGGCGCUCGCUCUUCGCUUCCACUCCUCCGUGGCGGACAUCAAGCGGCUGAACAAGAUCGACCGCGAGAACGAGAUCCACGCUCACAGGGUCAUCCGCAUUCCGGUCACAGUGCACAACGUUCUCCUGGGCAACGGGGGCCUCGAAGCCCUGCCCGCCAUCCACCGAAGCGGGAACAAUAGUCCCAGGCACAACCUGGAGCGGGAGCCCGCUCCCGAACGCAAUCCCCUCGAGGAUGCGCGGCAAAUGCUGGACGAGCGACUGCUGGUGGCGGCAGUGAACGCUUCCGGCGCUGUGGAUCCCGACCAGCCGUCGACGAGCAGAGCAGCUGGCCAGUUCUACGAGGGAGCUCAGGGUGCGCCUAAUGACGAAGCUAAUAUGGAGCAACCCUUCGAGGAAAAUGCUGCUCUGCUCAACCACAUGCUGGUGGAUAGACAUGCUCCACUGGUGCGUCCCAUCCCUGGACCCUCUUUGAGUGCCAUCGACUGGUCUGGAUCGGAUUGCGACUUGUCCUGGAUCUGUCUGCUGAUCUUCAUACUCGCCUUGUGUGUCGUCAUACCGCUGGUCUACGUCAUCUACCUGGCGGAGCAUCCGCAUCACAAUCAUAGCGCCCAGUAGUUGAGUUGGGCUAACGCCUGCCCCCGAAGUGAUCAUCAUUCCAAAUGUACCGGCACCUUCUCACCUGGCACUCUCUCACCCCCUUCAGAUCAGUCUGGCGCAUUAAAAAUGCAACUAAAGGCGACGGAAUUUAUUUUUAUACCUAAACGUAUGACUAUAUUGACUCUUGUCAAAUAUAAUAAGGUCUUUGUGUACUGAACUUUCUUGAAUAACUACGAUUUCGGUGCUUCCAAGUGGCAUAAAAAUAUUUGUGCUAUGCUCCACAUCACUCCCCGCAGCUAAAAGUAAACUUACGACCCUAAGACCCGAUUGUGUUGUGAAUAUUCGUAACCCCCGCAAGUUUUUCUUCUCUAUAUGUUUUAUUGAGUACAAUUAUGUAACAUUUAAACUAGUUCGGUUGAAGUGUAACAUUAUUCAGCUGAAAUGGGAAAUAGUUUCGCUUAUGCCUAAAAAUACACAAUACAUAUCUUAGAGCUAAAUAAAUAGUAUCCAUGGAUAUAAGAA